AGACGUCCACACCGACAGCCUGCAGCGAUGCAUCCCUCCCUGCUCAGCCUGUGCGCCCUGGGAUUCCUCGCUCUGUCCUCCGCCUGUUACAUCCAGAACUGCCCCCGAGGAGGGAAGCGAGCAUUGCCGGAGGCUGGGAUCAGACAGUGCAUGUCUUGUGGCCCUGGGGAACGGGGCCGCUGCUUCGGCCCCAGUAUCUGCUGCGGCGAGGGCUUCGGCUGCCUGCUGGGCUCCCCAGAAUCAGCUCAGUGUGUGGAGGAGAACUACCUUCUCACCCCCUGUCAGACAGGAGGGAGGCCCUGUGGAUCAGAGGGAGGACGCUGUGCUGCUUCCGGACUCUGCUGUAACUCUGAGGGCUGUGUGGUGGACUCUGACUGCCUCGUGGAGACGGAGGUUAUAGACCCAUCCCAUGGCUCUGCCAGAAGCUCGCCUGCAGAGCUGCUGCUGCGUCUCCUACACGUCGCCAGCAGAGGACAGAACGAAUACUGAAACCUGGAUCUGCAGCAGACACGACGCCUCAACUUCCUCUCAGCCAAAUGAGACAUUGCUCUUUGCUCUCUGCUUGAACUCUCCCCUUUUAGGAUACUGGCAUACAUAUCCAGGGGAAAAAAUACUCGUAGAUUUCAUCUUUGUUCCCUCUUAAAGAAAUGUACAUAUGACUGCACAUAUUGUAAACAAUUCAGAGCCUCUGUUCAAAUAGAUAAGAGCUAACAGCAAACUGUAAAUAAGUCACAGAUUGAAAUUUAAAAAUAGAUGCUCAUAACAAUUACGAAAUGGCUCUCAUGUAGUAGAACUAUGCCUGUAGAUUGAAAACAAGAGAAAAUACAGAAUGUCUCAUCACAGCC